AUGAAAAGAUUUUCAGGUAACUUUUGUUAGCUUCCAACAAAGGCUGAAUCUUCUUGCCCUAGCAGCAGACAUCCACAGUCAACUGUGACUGGUGUUAGUGCCUCAGCAGAUUUUUCUAUUCCACUGGAAUUGCUAAAGUGGAAAGCACUUAAAAAGAAAGCAGAGGAUGGAACUGACAGACUCCAUGAGAGUAUCAAAGUGAGUCAAGAUGAGUUAGAUGUGUCAGAGACUGUGAUGCUGAAAAAACAAACGAACAGCUGACAGUGUGCUGUAGAGCUUGUCAAGGAGGAAUACCAGUUCAUACCUUCAUACUUGGCCAGUGUAGCUAAAAUGGAACAGUUUGACAAGUUCCUAGAUUUCCAGAAGGAGUUUGUAGCAAACCGUGAACUGUUACAGAAUGAUUUAACAGGGAGAAAAGUAUCAGAGCAGCAUGAAAGUAAGCUGGCUAAGGAACACCAGAUAACAUGUGCUUGUGAUCCCCUCCAUUUCAAGCAACUACAGGUUGUUGAGGAAGCAUUUGAAGAUAUACGCAACAGGUCUCUGAUAUUUUGUGUCUUAUCAACAGCUUGUUCAGAAGUUUUUAUCAGAACCGAAUUUUACCAAAAAGUAAUUUUAAAAAUGGUGCCAGAACCUGCGGCAAAAAAAAAGCCCACAAAACUUUAUAUUUUACUCUUUUUCAUGCACUCAUGGGAUCUGAAGAUUUGGGUCAAAGGGAUGGAAACAAAGACUUCAAGGGCUCCAGAAAUACAAGUACUCAGGAAAGAUGUUCAGGUUCUCAUGCAGAAAGCCAGUACUGCUCUAGGAAGAAGUAAAGACUCAUUGAAGAAUUAAUUAGAAACAGUGCUACAGAUGAGCCAGACUCCAGAAGAUAAAACAGUUUCAAAACAGCUUGAAUCUGUGAGGUGUAAGGUUCUUGAUAAAUGGGAAGAAAUUAACAUACUGAGACUGGGAAGAAAGAAAGAGUGGUUUAUGCUUGGUUACACUGAUAAGUGUUCCAGCUGCGUGAAACGAGGAGGUUGCAUAUUUAAAAAGAUAAGUGGGUCUGAUGCACUUUCUUUUGCUGGAAUGCUGUGUGACAAUUUAACUGAUCUGUUACUGCCUUUUCAGUCUCAAACUAUGAAAAUCAACUCAUGAAACACGUUUCUCCAAGGCCAAAUAAAAGAAUUUGAAGGAAAUAUCACAGAAAUUUUAGAUAAACUGAAAAUCACUCAAGAAAAUCAAAGGGGAGUAUGA